AACAUGACACCGGCAGUAAUUGCCAGCGUUGAAACAAUGCUAGAAAAGUGGAAAGGCUAUGUGGGCAAAGAGAUUGAACUGUUUGAAGAAUUUAGAUUAUUAACUUCAGAAGUGAUAUCGAGAACAGCUUUUGGUAGCAGUUACUUGGAAGGGCAGAAGAUUUUUGACAUGUUGAGCAAGUUGGCAAUAAUUAUGCACCGAAAUCUUUUCAAGACCAGAAUUCCUUGGAUCAGCAAGUUAUGGAAACCUGCUGAUAUUCUUGAGUCAGAAGAACUUUCAAAUGAAAUACAGGGUUGUGUGAUGAAGAUGAUUAAGAAAAGAGAAGACAGAGUUGUGAAUGGAGAAGCUGAUAGCUUUGGCAAUGAUUUUCUAGGAUUACUUGUAAAUGCCUAUCAUGAUUUGGACGACAAAAACAUGCUUUCAUUGGGAGACUUGGUUGAUGAGUGCAAAACAUUCUACCUUGCCGGACAAGAUACUGCUAAUUCCUUACUUGCUUGGACAGUCUUCCUUUUAGCAAUCCAUGGAGAUUGGCAAGAGAAAGCAAGAAGAGAGGUGAUUGAUAUAUUUGGUAACCAAAAUCCAAAUCCUGAAGGCAUUGUCAAACUCAAAAUUAUGACCAUGAUCAUUAAUGAAACUUUAAGAUUAUAUAGUCCAGCAAAUGGCCUAAUGAGAAAAGUUGGAAGAGAAGUUCAGAUUGGAAAGCUAGUGUUACAUGCUAAUAUAGAUCUUUUUAUUGCAAGUGUUGUGCCUCAACAUGACCCUCAACUUUGGGGAGACGAUGUGCAUCUUUUUAAAUUAGAGAGGUUCGCAGAAGGAAUUGCCAAAGCUACCAAUUACAAUGCAGCUGCAUUUUGUCCCUUUGGAAUUGGACCUCGGUCUUGUGUUGGUAUGAGCUUUGCAGCCAUAAAAAUAAAGAUUGCGCCCUCCAUGACUCUACAACGCUAUAUGAUUUCCCUCUCCCCUGCUUAUGUCCACUCACCAAUAUCUGUUAUCACCGUUCAACCACAUGAUGGAAUUCAAGUAAUACUCAAAUCACUGUGUUGAGAAUUAAUUCAAAGUAGUGGGUUCUUUAGUUGACUAAGCAUCUCGGUAGAAUCUUUGUUAGUUCCAGAUUUUCAGUUUAA